GGGCGCGAGACGUCAAUCCAGGAUUGUUUACAAAUCACAGCUGGAAAACAUAACCAUAACCUACCCAUGUUUUGUUAUUUUAAUUUUCAGUUUUUUAACAGUGUUUUAUUUUUUAAAUUGAUAUGAACGAGCUGGAAUUUAAGUGUGGAAACCCUGGAGCAUCAAAGUUUGGCAAUUUCAUCAAUUACUAUCAGUUCCACCCUCCAGAUGAGCGGAUUUCCAUGUUGGCCCCUGAAAUAUGGAGUUCUGCCUUCAAAGCGGACAGGGGCUGCGCUUUAGACGUUGGAUGCAACUCAGGGGAUCUCACAGUUGCACUCAAGGAUUUCCUCACGAACGUUGUGGAUACCCCCAUUUCCAUAUUAGGCGUGGACGUUGACCCAGUUUUAAUUCGAAGGGCGUGUGAGAAGCAAUCCCCAAGAAACCUUACAUUUAAGUGUCUCGACAUCAUGUCAGACACCGGGGAUAUUUUCACAGACUUCCUAAAGCCCCGCAAUCGCACUAGGUUUGACAUAGUCUUCUGUUUUUCCAUAACUAUGUGGAUUCACUUGAAUCAUGGCGAUGAUGGAUUGAGGAAAUUUCUGGCAAAAGUUGCCAGUCUUUCAGACUUUCUGGUCAUAGAACCUCAGCCCUGGAAAUGCUACAGAACGGCUGUCAAGAGGCUCAAGCUGGGCAAGGCUGAGUUUCCCAACUUCAAAGCACUGCAACUUAGAAAUAACGUAGAAAGUGAAAUAGAGACGUUUAUUGUUGAUAAAUGUGGCUUGGAGAAGGUUGGAGAGAGUGGAUUGACAAAAUGGGGCAGAAAGCUGCUCUUUUUCAAAAGAAACACCUAAUUAGGCAAGGUUUAGCAAAUAGACACAAUAUUGAAGUGCAUCAAAGCUGUGAGAGGGCAUCAAAAGACAGUUUUAUUAUUUAUUUUAUUUCGUAAUAUUUUUAUGUAUUAAAUUUGCAGAGAGAGCAGCAAAUUCA